AUGCGCCCACGAGGGUCUGGGGCGAUUGGAAUAACGAGGAGGCUGAGGCUUUGGGUGAUGAUUCAUGGACGUCUGGGCACCAGGAGCACGGGGACGAGUCACAUGCGAUUCUCGACGAGUGCGGGGACGAGACACACCUUUCAGGUGGAUGGGGUGACGGUGAUGGCAAUGCCGAAUCUUGGGUCGAAGACGCUGCUCUGCAGGAUGAAUCGUGGGUCGAGGCCAAGGAUUCAGAUGCCAGGAAUCCAUGGCCUGCUGAUCAAGACUGGGAUGACACGCGGGCCGAGGCCUCUAAGGAUUCAGAUGCCAGGAAUCCGUGUCUUGCUGAUCAAGGCUGGGAUGACACGCGGGUCGAGGCCUCUAAGGAUUCAGAUGCCACGAAGCCGUGGCAUGCUGAUCAAGGCUGGGAUGACACGUACGAUCCCUCUGCGGAUACAGAUCGCUGGUGGCUCGAGGAGUCUGCGGUUCCGUGGCCUGAGACUGGGGAGGGGCAGGGCUCUGACUGCAUUUGGUGCCGUUUCCUGGGCAUAUCCCCAACGCCAGCUGCAAAGAACACAGCUUUGCAUCGACAAGUCUCCUGGCGUGAUGAGAAUGGCCUCUCGUUGGAGGAUUUCCCGGACCCAACGGACGACGAUAUCUUCAAUGGCUUCAUCGAAACCAUGGGCAUCGACAUGA